AUGGGCAAGGACAAGGUCGAGAAGAAGGACCGCGCUGAGAAGAAGGAGAAGCGUGCGGAGAAGGACGGUGUGCACAAGGUCAAGAAGGAGAAGAAGGAGAAGAAGGAUAAGACUGCUCUUGUCGAUGCAGUAGAGAAGGAGAUUGAUACUGAGGCCAUGGAGGGUCUCGAGCAGACCAGCGCUGUCGCUGUCAAGGGCGAGACUGAGGUCGAUGCUGUCGACCGCCCCGUUGGCGCCCUCGUGCCGUUCGCCAACCCAUUGGUUGAGGACAAGCAGGCCAAGAAGGUCCUGAAGAGUGUCAAGAAGGCUGCCGUCAACAAGUCUCUCAAGCGUGGUGUCAAGGAGGUCGUCAAGGCUCUCCGCAAGUCUGCCAUCCCCGCCGCCAACGCUCCCAUCGGUGUCCCCAGCGGUGUUGUCAUUCUCGCUGCCGAUAUCUCCCCCAUGGAUGUUAUCUCCCACAUUCCCGUCCUGUGCGAGGACCACGGCAUUCCCUACGUCUUUGUCACCUCCCGCGCUGAGCUCGGUGCUUCCGCUGCCACCAAGCGCCCCACCAGUGUGGUCAUGGUUACCCCCAAGGCUGCCAAGGGCAAGAAGGAGGAUGAUGAGGAGUUCACCAAGGUGUUCGAGGAGCUUGCUGGCUUGACCCAGAAGGAGAUGAAGAAGCUGACAGUCUAA